GAAAUUAAAAACAGAGUUAAACCGUUUUACAACGGAGUUAAACCGUAAGCUGCUUUGAUUUAAAUGAAUGCUGUCAUAUUUUUCUCUCGAUAAUCAAAAGAGAUAAUUUAUGAGUUACCCACCUGGCUAUCCUGGAUAUCCCCCUAUACCCCAAACUCCUCAAUCUGGCCCUGCGUAUCCGCCUCGUAAUGAUGUGGAGGGAAUUGGCUUUGAGAAGUUAAUGAUUGGGCCAUCGUAUCCUCCACAGCCUACAGUGCCGUACCCCACUGGACCAGUACCAUUUUCUGGUUAUGAAGCUCCACCUGCAUCAUAUGGCCCUAUUUAUCCUGAAACAACCCAUGGUGCUAGUCAAUUUCCAAUGCCAAGUGGCAUAAAUUUCGGGACUGCUGCCAAUGUUGCUCAUGCGGCUACAGCAUUUCAAGCACCUGUAAGACCAAUGCCAACUUCUUAUCCUAUUACCAACCCUCCCUAUCCUUCUGGACCACCAUCCAUGGGUGCAUCCACUUCAAUGCAAUAUGCACAACAACAUGUUGUUCAAACAAAAGGAAACUCUUUUCAUGGUAUUUCAUCUGCUCCUUCUGCUCCUUUUGCUCAUCAUCAGCCACAGUCAUACCAUGGAACCCCAUCAAAGCCUUCUACGACACAUUCUACCCCAUCAAGACCAACUCAGCAACCUUCUGUUAAAGCCAACAGAGGAACAGUGAAGCCUUGCGCUUCAUUCAAUCCUCAAGCAGAUGCAGAGGUGAUAAGAAAGGCUGUGGGAGGGGUUGGUACAAAUGUGAAAGCCAUAGUCAGUAUUCUGUCAACUCGAAAUAACCAACAACGAAGGAAGAUCGCCUUAGAGUAUAAAACACAGUUUGGCAGGGAUUUGAAUACGGAUCUGAAAUACGCCGUAAGUGGAAACUUGGAAAAUCUACUCUUGGCCAUGAUGCGCUCACCUUUAGAAAGUGACGCAGUGGAACUUAGGAAAGCAAUGAAAGGCGCUGGUACGGAUGAAAGCGUUCUUAUAGAGAUCUUAUGUUCGCGAACAAAUACUGAAAUUGAUGGGAUUAAAAAGACUUAUAAAAAUUUGCACGGUCGAGAUCUUGAGAAAGACGUGAUCUCCGAAACGUCAGGCCAUUUCAAGAAAUUCCUUGUGUCACUUCUGCAGGCAAACAGAGACGAAUCAAUGAAUGUGGAUUACGACAGAGCGAGAGCUGACGCCCAUGCACUUUAUACAGCAGGAGAGAAGAGAUGGGGAACAGAUGAAGCAAGGUUUAACGCGAUCUUGGCGUCACGAAGUUUUCCACAGCUGAGAGCAACAUUUAACGAAUACGCAAAGAUCUCGAAGUACGAUAUAGAAAAGUCAAUUGAGAGAGAAAUGUCUGGUGAUUUGAAAAAUUCUAUGGUGACAUUGGUGCGAUGUGUACGAAACAUGCCAGCCUAUUUUGCUAUGAAAUUGUAUAAAAGUAUGAAAGGACUGGGCACCGACGACUCCACCUUAAUAAGAGUGGUUGUCACCAGGUGUGAGGUUGACAUGUUGGAUAUCAAACAAGAGUUCGAAAGACAUUACCGAAAGAGUUUGGCAAGUUUUAUAAAGGGUGACACAAGCGAAACUAUUGCAUCACUUUACUUGCACUUAUUGGAGAGUCACAAAAUAAAGACACCGUGUUGAUCACUAUCAUGGUCUUCUAGACUUACAUCUGUGUGGUAAAACACAUAUUUAUCAAUGAAUUUGUAGAUACUGUACUCAUUUUAUACAAUUAUAGUUAGUGUUGUUAUACGUGCAAGACAAUUAUAGUUAGGUGGGUAUUUCUUGCCCAAACACUAUUCAUACUUUAUAAUUAACAUUCACCAUUUUAUUUUAAGUGAAAUAAUAAAUAUUGCUGGUUUGCAUAA